CUCACGCGAGUGGUAGCUUGCUGUUAAAAAUGGGAUGUUUUUAAAAAUAAGAAAUAUGGAGUUUAUAGACGAGCAAGUGGCAACUAUAUCUUAUGACUCAUCCUAUCUUAAGCCUUUGAAGAUGGCUGACGAAUGCUUGUUCAGUGUUGUGUCAACGAAAGUAGACAGUUUUGAAAGAAGAGGACAUAGAACCUCAAGUCUGUUUAGUCUGAAGGAUUAUGAGAGUUUAAAAGAGGAACAACAGCUGGAAAAUAAAGGCCAGUUUACACUGACUCAUUAUGAUCAACCACGUCCAAAAGAAGCUGUGAAUACACAGCCCGGUUAUAAUCACGAUGAAAAUAACAACAUAAGGAGACCUCGAUUAUCAUUUAUUUCCUCCCAUUGUGGGAGUAACUUGUCUUUGGCUUACAGAGGCAAAAAUUUUGGUAUCGGAAAAACAUCACAACAGAAUUCAUAUGAACUGGAGCCUAAAAAACGCAUUAAUGAAAAAAAGAUACGGCAAGUGAUUCAACAAGAGGUUGCCAAUUUAAAGAGUAUGUAUACCAACCAAUCGAAAAUUUGCCUAGAGCUGACAAGUAAUGUCAAAACCCAAUUGAAAAUGUUACAGUAUUCCAGACUAAGAUUUAUCGUUAACGUAACAGCUGGAGAAAAUUUAAAACAGGACUUAAGAAUGGCAAGUGGGUUCUUUUGGGACUCUAAACGAGACACCUUCAUCAGUGAAGCCUUUGAAUUUGAAAAAUUGUUUGUUAUUGUUAGUGUUUUUGCUGUGUAUUUUGAAUGACAAUUUUUUGUUCACGUUCGAUAAUCUAGGUUCCGUAAAACAACUUGCUAAUAUUAUCAUGGAGUCAUAUCUAAUUUUAUUACCUGGAAGUAUUAAUGAAUCUUACCGGUAGGGAAAAGACUUAUUAUUUGGAAUUUAAUUGGAUGGAAAAGUAUUGAUAACAACUGCUUUCUUUUUUGCUGAAAGCGCUAUGUUUUAGAAAGUUGUUUUAGCAACUAUUCUCAGACUUGAUGUAAUGUUGGCUUUCAUUAUGAUUAUUCUACGCUUAUAAAACUGCAUGUUAGUUAUCAGUUAAGAGAAUUUCAUAAGUUCCCUGUGUAUGGAGAUUUUUAGUAUUUAUAUAGUUUAAGCUUUGUGUCAAUAUUUUUCUUUUUGAGGCUUCAUAAGUGAGCUGAA